AUGACCCGGAUAAGCCUCCCGCGCCGGCUGGCGGCGCAGGGCAAGGAAGCCGUCCCAUUUGACGAUGCGAUUGAGUGGUUUGAGCAAAUGGCCUGGAGCAAGAACAUUACCUACGACCCGGAGAUUGUCCAGCUGUUUCUCUCCACGGUGGCGAUCUAUACCACCUCGGACCUGCUCACGGUGACCCUCUUGGACUUUGCGCGCAACCCGGAGAUCAUUGAGCCUCUGCGGGAGGAAAUCACCGCGGCACUGGAGCACGGAGGAUGGAGGAAAACCUCGCUCACGGAGAUGAAGCUAUUAGAUAGCGUGCUCAAGGAAUCCCUUCGCUUGAAACCUAUAGCUGUCGUGUCAAUGCGUCGCGUCGUCAUGGACCACGUCAAGCUGUCCGACGGCACAGUCCUCACCAAAGGCACCAAGCUGGCCGUCUCCUCGCACCACAUGUGGGACCCAUCCAUAUACAAGGACCCAGAGAAAUGGAACGGCCAGCGAUUCCUGCAUCGGCGGGAUGUUCCCGGCCAGGACAAAGACGCCGUCUUCGUCGCGACGAGCGAGCGGCAUCUGGGAUUCGGCCAUGGCAAAAACGCCUGUCCCGGUCGGUUCUUCGCCUCCAGCGAGCUCAAGGUGGUACUGUGCCAUAUCCUCAUGAAGUAUGAUAUCGAGCUGCCGCCGCGGGCGGUCGUCCGGCAUCACUAUUCGGGGGCAUCGUAG